AUGACAGUCUCACUUCCUUCACAGCAGCCGGCCCCGUCAAAGGAGACCCAGGCUGCCCGCAAGCGCAGAAGACGGGCGCCUGCUGGAGGAGCUGCAGAUGACUGCUUCGCCUGCAUCAAGAGGGGAGCCAAGUGCGACCGCCGAAGACCCUACUGCUCGCAAUGUCUGGAAGUAGGAAAUGAGUGCUCUGGAUACAAGACUCAGUUGACUUGGGGAGUCGGCGUUGCAAGCCGUGGAAAGCUUCGAGGUCUUUCACUACCCAUCGCAAAGGCGCCGCCAGUCGCCCCAGUCAACAAGAAGCCCGCCCCGAGAUCGAGAGCCAACACGACUUCGAGUCAGUGGAGUGAACAUGGCAGCAGCUCUCCCACGAGCUCGCAUCGCGAUGAAAUCGAUCUCCACGGCGCUCACCACCCAGUCUCUCUUCCAACAACACCGUUCGCCACUUACCAUGACUUUACUCGCUUCUCUCAAGGUGAACAUAUUCCGCCAACCACACCUACCAGCUGGGCCGGUAUCCCAUACCCAACAAGCCUCGGCGGUCAUGAACACCCAAAGAUGCACAGACUCAACACCUCUUUGGGUCACUUCCCACUGAUCACCGACAGACUCUCACCCGCGGUAGAUGCCUUGAGUGAUGUGGACUACACACUCUCUCCAUUGAGCCAAUUCUCAAGAGACGAGCUCCCAUACAUGCACAGCCCUACUCUCAUGUAUGACAGCUAUAGCAGCCAUGGCUCGUCGGUCCCUCAAAGCCCCGUCUCGGCCAUCAUGAUCGACCACCAGCGUGCCCCUACCUCAUGUCCCAGCCUUGUAUACGCUCCAUCUGAGCCAAGCUCUAGCCUGGGAUCCCACCACGACGGCUUUGAGCACCAGAUGACUCAUGCAAGACUCCUGAGCGAUGCUGAUACUCUCAGCGUACACGAAGUUGAGUCCUUCACCAACGGUCCCGCAUCUGCUUCCUUUUGGGCCCCUGCAAUUCUGAAGGAAGAGGACGCCGCAUCCCACAUUCUAGACCACGCCUCGGCCGCAGCAGCCAUUGCUGCGGUUGGCCCCUACGGCACCCCAUCAAUACAAAUUAGCCCCGACCUGAUUACCAAGAUGCCUUUCUUCAUGGAUUAUUAUGAAAACAUAAUGUGUCCAUCCAUGGUUCUCGUCGACGGGCCCACAAAUCCCUACAGGGAUCACAUCCUCCGCCUGGCUGCUAGCAGCCGAAGCUUGCAACACGCUAUCUGCGCUCUGUCUGCGUGCAACUUGAGGAUGAAGAGAAAGUUGAGCCUGGGCCAACACGGCAAGGAGUCACCAGAGAGAUUCAUGUCUGAGCAGGGCGAGCACCAAUCAGAAGAUCUGCCCUUGACAGAGGAGUACCAACAUCGCAACCUCGCCGUCCAUCUUCUCAACCAGCAACUCAACGACCCCAACAAGUCAUGCCACGAUUCCGUCUUGGCGACAAUCCUUCUUCUCUGCCACUACCGCAUGGUUGAGUCUGGUAUUGCCAAGUUCGCAACUCAGUUUGCUGGCGUCAAGAAGAUUCUCAGCAUGCGCAACUCUGCGCCAUACCAAGCCUCCAACGACUCGGCAUGGAUGGAAGCCAUCUUUACCUACUUUGAUGCCAUUUCUGCUAGCGUGAACGACAGGGAAGCCCAACUCAACCACACUUUCUAUGGAGUCUCACCCGAUGUCAACUUGCUUCCUGCUGGUGCUGAGAAUUGGGUCGGGUGUGACAGGGAAUUGUUCAAGACCAUCUCCAAGCUUGGUCGCCUCAACCUCCUCUCACAACAUCGCUCCGUGUCCACUGCCAUUGCUUCGCCCACGGGCCGCUUGAGUGUCCCAAGAGUGUCUUCACCUCUUGGAUCUCCAUUGGGCAACACCUUCAAGAACUCAUCUCAGCUAAGCGACUUCUUCAGCUUGGGCGUCCAGGCUCCUCGUUUCGACGGUGGUGCCUUUGGUCCUCAGAUGGAUGACGAUGAGAUCCUUGGCACUGGCCUCUGCUCGUCGCCCACCUAUGACGACCAACGCUCGACCUUUUGGCGUGAGUGGAAGGAAGCACGCAACGCUUUGCAGACCUGGGAGUUUGAUUCGUCACGCAUCACAGCUUCUCUGCCGGGCACUCUUACACCGAGUCAGGUCCGCGACCUUGGCUCUCUAUCCGAGGCUUUCCGAUACGCAGCUCUCCUCUACACAGAGCGCCUAGCUUCACCCAACGUGCCAUCCAGCCACAACAACUUCCGUAACUUGGUCAGCCAAGUUGUCUAUUAUGCUACUUCCCUCGAGUCUGGCGGUGCUGCCGAGAAGUUCCUCCUCUGGCCUCUAUUCGUUGCCGGUAGCGAAUGUGUCAAUGAGCUUCAACAAAACAUUGUACGCAACAAGUGCCGAGACAUCAUGUCGCGCAGUGGUUACAUGAACAACCUAUCUGCUAUCGAGGUCCUCGAGCGCCUCUGGGCAGGCGAUCUUCGGGACAAUGCCGCCAGCCCCAACAAGCUUGCUCUACAAACGCGUGGCCCCUUCAACUGGACAAAAUGCAUCGGCGGGCCAGGCGUUGAUGUAGAAUGGAUCAUGUUUUAA